AUGGACACUUUUACCAUUCUUGGCAGUACUGUCACCUUUGAAUAUGCACCACGGGCUCCCACGCCGCACCCUACCCCUGCUUACUACCAUGUCACCUACAGGGGAAAUGGAGAGAGCCAGAUGCGCUGGCAUGGGGAGACUUACUGCCUGGUUGGUGGCUACCGGGCCUAUGGGGACGCUCCCAUUGCCACCCCUGCAAAGGCCAAGGAAGAGGAGCCAGCACCCAGGCAGGCUUCCAAGAGACGCCGAGCUCAGGAAGAGUCCCACAGAGAUGGAGGGUGCCCAAGCCCCAGAAUUCCUCGCCUGAGGCGUGGCAGCAAGAGGCGCGCCCAGAGAAGCUUGCUGGUUGGGCAUCUCUGUGGCGAGGACAAGCCUCGAGCUGCUGAGACCGCUCAGGCCCCUUCAGCACUGACCACUGCCCCUCUGGGACAUGACCUGAGCUCUCCUGCCUGA